AUGGGAAAUCAUAACGCACAGAAAGUCCAAUCAAAUUCAAUCAGUAGCGCCAACUUUUCAAAAUACUCUUCAAGCAAUAUUGAAGGGAAGGCACACAUCGAGCAUGUUGCCAGUGAGCUAGACCAAAGUGAAGCCAACGGUACAUCCAUACCACCUGGUACUGUAGAAACCCCGAAAGGGAAGGAGGAUGAUGCUCCUCAAUUCUUCAACUACCACGAAUUUUCAGAAACAUUUUACGCAGACUAUAAGGACCCAGGCUGUUUAAAAGAGCAUGAUUUCUUGCAUGCUAUAAGUAUUACACAUUUUCCAAACGUAUAUGUCCCCAGCUGUUCUGAGGCAUUUAAACGUACAAGAAUAGUAAGAAUUCCAAGAAAUUUCGAAGCUUCGUUAGGUUCUCCAUAUUUUAGCACAGUACUGCCAGGAUUUGAACCAGCUGCUUUCACCAGUGAAAAUGAUGAAGAAAUGUUCAUUCCAAGAGGCAUCUACGAUGAUGACCAAGUUUUUGGAUGCAAUUCAAUUAGCCCACUCUCGUCAUAUAUAACGCAGGCACGGUAUGAAGAAAUUGUUAAAGAUAUCAACGAUAUAUUGGCAUAUAGUUUUCAGGUUUAUAGUUGGUAUAACAUUCUAGAUGUGGUUCUGGGAUCGUUGACGUUGGGUAUAUGGUCGUGGCUUUCAAAGUAUAUAUGUCCGAAUAGGAAACUAUUUAGUUUGGAACUUUACGUCGAACAAGUUAAUCAAACACCGCUAUUUAAAAGUCAAGGUAUACAGAUUAUAUCACCUCGAAGGAGUGGUUACCUCUCUCUAGAUUUCCAGAUUCCCAUGCCUCCGUUACCGGAUGGUAAGAUAGCAUAG